AUGGGGUACAAAACUCUGUGCUUCGGAUUCUCUUGUGUUCUAUUUGCCUACUCUUUUUAUUCUCCUGUUCCAGAGAAUAUUGAAGAACCCUGGAAAGUGAGAUUCAUGGAUGUUGUCAUAAAAAUGACGUCACUUGUGGCCACAUUAUUUGAAAACAUAGGUCUUAUGAACUAUGAAGAAGUAUUUUUUACUGUAACAGCACUUCAAUUUACAGAACCAGUUUCAGAUGAAAACAUUACAGUGGUUGACACAAACUUUAGUGACAUUCCUGUCCGUCUGUACUUGCCAAAAAGGAAGUCUGAAAUACAGCGACCAGCUGUCAUUUUCAUUCAUGGUGGUGCCUUUGUCUUGGGAAGUUGCAAGAUGUCAGCCUAUGAUGACCUGAACAGACUGACAGCAAACAAGCUUGGUGCUGUUAUUGUGGGAAUAGACUACAGACUUGCUCCUCAGUAUCAAUUCCCAGCUGCCCUUGAAGACUGUGUUUUUGUGGUCAAGUUCUUUCUCCAGGAUAAGGUUCUUGCAAAAUAUGGAGUAGAUCCUGCUCGCAUCUGUAUUACAGGAGACAGUUCUGGGGGCACCUUGGUAGCAGCAGUGAUUCAACUGUUACAGAAUGACCCAGAUUUCAAAGACAGAAUUAAGGCACAAGCUUUGAUAUACCCUGGCCUACAAGUGCUUGAUACUUCUCUGCCAUCACAUCGAGAGUACGAACAUGGUCCACUUGUGUCCAGGGAGAUGAUAAUUAAGUUGGCAAGCCUGUAUGUGACUGAAGACAAAACUCUGCUCCAGGCCUUACUAAGAAAUGAGCACAUGCCACCAGGGUCAAGAGACUUGUUCAAGUUUGUUAACUGGAGUGACUUCCUUCCUGACAAAUAUAAAAAGAACUAUGUUUACAGGGAGCCCAUCCUUGGAAAACUAAAUGCUACUUAUCCAGCACUUGUGGAUAACAGAAUGUCACCUUUGAUAGCCAAUGACUCCCAGUUACAGAGUUUGCCACUAACUUAUGUUGUCACAUGUGAACAUGAUCUCAUAAGAGACGAUAGUCUCAUUUACAUCACACGCCUUAGAAAUGUUGGGGUCCAAGUUACUCAUGACCAUUUAGAGGAAGGAAUCCAUGGAGCCCUAUCCUUUACUGGAGCUCCCAUGUUUUUACAUUCAGGAUUAAGAAUAAGAGACAAGUAUAUUAGUUGGUUAGAAGAAAAUCUAUAA